AAUUUUGCAAAAUCAUUUUAAAUUAUUCUUUUAUAUAUAAUGAGCACACUACAUGAAUAUUUCCUGAAAAUCUAUACUAUUUUUAAUAGAAAUCAAAUUUAAAGUUUGAAUUUUUAGAACCGCGCCAAAAACGCUAUUCCUGUGAUGGCGCCGGCAGAUGACGUCUGUGACGUCACGCGCCAGUAAACACGAUUACGAGCUGUCAGCCGAAGUUAAUUUCUGUGCUUGAUUUUGCUAUAAAAUCAUAGAUAAAAUGGUCUAUAAAUGGUGUGUAGUGCCAAAAUGUACGAAUACGUCUAUAAAUAGUCCACAAACAUUGUUUGUUUCUGUUCCAACCGAUUGUAAAAGACGAAAAAAGUGGUUACUAUUAGCUCGGAGAGACCCAAAGGGCAUUUCAUCGACUUCAAAUGUAUUUAUGUGUGAAGAUCACUUCGAUAUGGAAAAAGACACCAUUAACUACAUGCAGUACAAAAUGGGUUUCAGAAAGAAGAUACUUUUGACAGAAGAUGCUGUGCCAACAAAAUUUCAUUGUCAAGAAGAUCGUAAAAGACCACUGUCUGAUGCUGGACUUUCUCGAGGAGCAUAUGUCAAGAGGAAAAGAAUGGAUUUGGUCAACACAUGUUUGCAAAGUCAAAAUGCUACUGAAGCCCAAGCUGAAAGCUUACAAAAAGAUGAGAGUUUGAUACAAGACAUUAUUGAACCUCAAGGUUUAUCAAGAACUCAAGACAGAGAAACUAUUACCAACUCUAUCAUAACUGCAGAAAAAUCUGUGCAAGUAACAAUAAAAGAGAAUGUGCAUCAUAGGAGCAAAUCUGUGCAAACAAGAUGCCAGACUACAAGUAUUUCUACCUCACCAAUGAAAGUUUCUACAACAUCUCGUUCCACUUCGCCCUUUAAGAUUAAACCAUGCAGUCUUCGACCAUCACAGUCUGAAAUUGUCAAAGCAGUCAAGAGAAAUGUUUUUCUUGAAGAUGAAAAGUCAGAUAGUGAUAUUUCCUGUAUUGAAAGUGGUCGUCAUUUAUCACCUUUUGUAACUAAAUCAGCAUCAUCAUCAUCAGGGCUUACGGACUCUGAUAGUAAUGUUACAGAUGCCAAUGAGAAUAUUGAAAAAUUAGAGUGCCUCAAAAUUACUAUGCGUUCAAUCUCUAAAAAACCAAUGAUGUAUGUUGGUAUUCCAAAAGAAUGUUAUUUCUUAAUCAAAUUGUUACAUAAACACAAGCAUAAAAGUAGAACACAUUUUGCUAUGCUUGAAAAAGAUUAGAAUGAACAGUACAUUUUCUGAACUGGAGGAUAAUUUUGGAAUAUCAUUAUCUUAUGCUAGUAAAUUGUUUCUACAAAAUAUACCAAUAAUAGCUAGUGUUUUAAGACCAUUCAUUGUAAAUAUAGAUAAAAAAUUGGUAAAAAAAAAUCUUCCUAUUUCAUUUAGACAUAACUAUCAUAAUGUCAGUUGCAUCAUAGAUUGUUUAGAGAUUGAUAUACAAAAACCAUCAAAGGCUCUUCAUCAGUCAUUGACGUGGUCAGAGUACAAAAAGGGGAAUACUGUGAAGUAUUUAGUAUCCUGCACACCUAAUGGGUUAGUUAAUUAUGUUUCGCAUGGGAUUGGGGGCAGAACCAGCGAUGCCACAAUAGUAGAAAAUUGUAACUUUCUAGAUGGAUUACCUCAAGGAUCCUGUUGCUUAGCUGACAGAGGCUUCAAACACCUUGAACAAAUACUUCAUGAAAAGGGACUAAAACUAUUAAGGCCACCCAGUGUAAAUGCUGGUGCAAAGUUGUCAAAAACUGAAGUUCGACAAACUAAAAUAAUAGCUAGUUUGCGGAUUCAUAUUGAAAGGGUAAUAAGGCGUUUGAGAGAAUUUCAUAUUUUAAAGCAACAUUCAGUGAUAAAUACUAACAUACGUCGUGUACUUGAUCAUGUCAUUAUAAUUGCAUGUGCUCUAAUAAAUUUGCAAGAUUCUCUUAUUAAAUAAUGGGUUUUUGCCUGUUAUGAUACUUUAUACUUAAUUAUUAUCAUGUAUACGUAAUCUCCUCUUUUGUGACAUACCAUUUGAACUUUGUGUUUUGUACUUGGCUGAAUAAAUACUUCUACUACUACUACUAUAAAUAAAGAAAUAAAUGAUGUAAAACCAUGAAUAAAAUGAUAAUAAAACAAGAAAUAUGC